GAAAAUGUCGUCACAUCCUGUUUUGCGAGGCUUCUGGUUGGCGCGGUUGUUUUCAGAGCUCGGAUGACUUCUCGAGCAAUGUAAGGAGGUCGUACUUUCUCACAGAGAUGGAGACGAGAGCCAUAGAUGAGCUUUAUGGUGAUCUUGCUCAGGAACAUCAUGAUUCUGUCCUGAAUUACGACGAAGACUCUGUGGAUAUUUAUUCGGGGCUUGAUGAAAGUCCCAAGAGAAAAAAAGACCACGGCAAGAACAGCACUAUUGUUUCACCGAACAGGGUGAAGGAGUCGUUAGAUUUGUACGAGGAACUCAUUACUAAAGAGCAAGAGGAGAAGGAGACGACCUAUAAUGAGUUGAAAAGUAAAUUCGUUGCGGCACAGAACCAAGUGCAAGAUUUGCUUGCACGGUUGCAGCAGAUGCAAACUAAGAACUCAAGUUUACAUCAUGAAAACACUCAGCUCAAGAAAAACAUAUGCGCACUUAUCAAAACCGCUAAGAUAGAGAUCGUGAGGAAGGACGAGGUGAUAAGCAAAUUAAGCAAAAGAUCAAACCGAGGUAGUUUCCAGCCGUCUUCGAAGGAAAGAGGACACGAUGCCUACAGCAGGAGCUCAGCAAGUGUAAACACCAUCACUGGUCCUGUAAUGGAGUCUCAGGAACGGAAAAGAGAUGAGGUAUCAGCAGAGGUGUCACAGGGUAGACCGUUGUUUCAUCGGCCCGGUGAUUCAUCUGCGGUGGAUUCCACACCCUUGUCGUCUGUGAUUCUGACCAGGAGCAACCUUGACAAACCUAUAAAUCGGCAAAAUAAGGAUUCUCAUGGUUUAGAUUUCCUUCCGAACUCUAUUGCACAUGAUAACAGGCAACUUCGGGGUAACGGAGAAAGGGAAAGCACAAGCACAAGCUCUGAGACUAGCACUAGGCAGAGCGUUUGUGACGAAGCAGAUUGCAGGAAAGGAAUGAAACAGGCUGGUAAAGAGAGCGCCUCAAAAGAGGACUCAUCUGAAAGAUCUCAAACCAAAAUGGAUAAAAACGGAUCAGAAAGAGAUCGCAGGAAGAUCGUAAAAAGCACUUGUGGAUACAGCAGUAGUGAAAGUCAACUGCGAGAUGACCUGGUAACACUCAGGAGAUCUGGUCACUCAAGGAGUCCUUCUUCUCAUGCCUCCUCGUCUACACCCGAGGCUAGAUUAAAUAUAGACAUGCAGAGCAGGAAAGAUGAACCCUGGCAUAAGCAAGGACAGGAAAGACAGAGUGAAAAAACUGAGGUUUCUGGCUGUAGAAGCGAAAAGAGCAGCUCGGACAAAUCGCACGGAAAGACGGAGAAAAGAGGGACGAGGGAACAUCACAGAAAAGAGGAAAGGAGGCAAGACGGUACGAGCAGCUCGGAAAGGAGACGCACCAAAAUUGACGGGAUCAAGGAGCACGAGUAUAGAAAGACUCAUAGUGAAGAAAGGAAUAGAGGAGGUGAAAAGAUUAGCAAUAGGGGGGAGAGAAAAAGCACCAGGUCUGAAACUACUAAAGAACAUGAGCGACAGAGUGGCAAAGAUUCAGGUACCACAAGGGGGGUGGGUAGUCAUGCAGACAAGAGCCGCAUCGGUGACGGAAACGACCGAAGCCGCGCCGAUGCGCGUGAGAAUAGACGUCAUGCUUCGCCGCUUAAAUCACAUCACGGUGCUCAAGACCUCAGAAAAGAUCAAGCUGACCGAAGGAGAACGUCCGACAGAACCGAAGCGUCAUCCAGGAGCAAAGCAUCAAGCAGUCAUGAUGACACUAGAGGAGAUACUUGUACGAGUUCUGAUAGACAUGGUGUCGGAAAAGGGAAGAGCGAUAAAGAAAAACGAAGUGGAUCUUCAGACAAAGGCUCAAAAAUCGCUCCGGAUAAUGCAAGGAUCCCCAAAACGAGCGAGGACGGGAAUGUUCAAGAGGACGGUCUCGCGAACUCCAGAAGAAAAUCGCCAGUAAGGUUAACCAGCAGCUGUGAUGGCUCUGCCAUGCCAGAAGAGAGUAGUCCAAAAAGAAAAUUAACCUUUAUGGAAACUCUAAACCUGACACUCUCACCGGUUAAAACGCAAAACACCUCUGAGCGACCUCAACCUCCAGACGACACCCUGGCAAGCAACGCGACUAAAGGCAGAAGUUCGUUUGAGGUCGGAGAAGAGUUCUGCGUCAUCGAUGAAGUAGAGGACGUGUCUGAAGAUGAUUCUUUGGCACUCCUUAUCAAUGCAUCCACAAAGCCAUAUGAUCUCCAACCACCAACAAGCCUGGAAGUCAAAGGAAAGGAACUCGAAUUUCCUCAGAAGUCUUUCGGUGACCUGAACGAAACUCGUACGGAUUCCAAGAUGCAAGAAGAAAAAACCUUUAAAAAAGCAGAUGAUUUAGAAUUAUGUCAUACUAGAUGUAUUUCUCAGCAGAAAUCCGUGAUGGACAAAACGUCUUCUGUUUCUGAAGUGUCUUUACUCUGUAAACAAGCUAAACCGGUUAACAAUCCCACGGAUGUCAACUACAAAGAAGGUUCUCAGGCUUCUGUGAAGAAAAACAAGGAGAGGAGAAGGAUCGGUGCUACGGAUUCUGGUGCACAAGACCGAACAGAUGAUAAACCAGAAGAAUCAGGAGUUCAGAAUAAAAGAUCUCAGAAGCAAGUUGCUAAAGUCAUGCCAAAUACUACACCUACAGACCCUUCUGUGUCUCUAGAAGUAGUUUCUAGCACUGUCGGUUUGGAAAAUAUCAACCAAUGUAAAGCAACAAUAUCUGUUUCAGACAUGGAAAUCACACAAGGCCUUGAGAAUCCAGAUCCCUGUCCAGGCCCACAAAUGGGGCCAAGCACCGAGCCAGUGAACAUCACAACCACAGAACAAGAGUCGGGAACAUCACCCGAACAAGCGAGCUCCUCUGAGCCUGAUUCCACGGAGAAGGAGAGCGAGAUUCCCAAGCCUUCCCAGUCUGUCGUGGAGCCUUAUGAUGAAGAUUCCAUGAUGCUGACCCUGAGCAACAUUAAAGUUAUUCCAGAAGCCAUCAGUCCUUUAACAAGCCCAAUACGUCAGAUAAAGAAAGUCCAGCAGCUGCAAAUGGGAAAAGAGUCACAUGUCAAAAGUCUCAGCAAAGAUUUCUCUUCAUCUGCCGCAGUGGCAGAUAAGGACGCGGUCAAGAUGGACAUGAACAAAGAAAACAAGAGACCCGAUUCUUUAGUACCACCGAGUGUGCAGAAAGAUCAGCAAGAGGCGCUUUCCUCGACUGCUCCCGAAGAAGACUUGGAAGAAGGCGAAAUUAUCAGCGAGAGUGACGGAGAAGGUGCUCUAGUCAUUCAGAGUCCUCCAAAUGAAAAAAGAACAAGUUUAAGGAAUCAGUCCAGUCCCAGAUCACCUAGCUUACAAAAGAAGUCUCAAAUUGUUACUCCCAGACAGAAACAAAAAAAACCCACAACUUCUAAAGACAGUCCAUCCUCAAACAAGAGGCGUUUCAAAACCGUCACCGUCCCACCCAAGGCCAAAAUAUCAACAUCUGCUGAAUUUAUGAACAUGUUGUUAUUUAUUCGUUCCGAGCUGAGACGGAAAUACAUGAAACUCCAUAAAAACGUCACCAAACCAGCUUUUAGCUGCAUCAUUGAAAUGUCUCAAGCUUCAUACACAGAAUACGUUGACAGCGUUAACUUUGACAAAUUUUGCACUCAAGGAAAUCAUAUCAAACCUCUGCUCAAUAAGAUCAUCCAGUCGUUAAUGGCCAAGGUGUCGAACAACGGCAUCGUGAACCGGAUCUUCGAGCAACAAGCCGAAGAUCUCAAGCUGAAGCUGUGGAACUUUGUCGACGGUCAGUUUGAUUUUCUGUUUAAGGAAUUAAAAGCAGCGCUUAAAAGUGCUACAGAUCUUCACAAGAAUAAAACGGUAUCGGAAAAAAGAAAGGAGUCGAAUCCUGGUGCAAAAGAGGAUUCGAAUACGGAUGCGUGUAAGCUACGAUCUAAAGAACCUUUGAGCACAACUGAAAACAGACCACAUAUAAAAUCUAAGGGUGAAAUAGACUGUCGAGGACAAAAGGUCCAGGAACAGACCACAAGUUCACGUAGCUUGCCAUGUAGAGGCCUUGGCAGCAGUGGUAAAAACAUCAAGGCAACCAUGGAGGAUGGGGCCAAGGUACUAGAAGUACCCUUAGAUAACCAGUCUAAUCAGCAGCAAGUGGUUUCAGCCUCUGAGAAAUCUCUUCAAGAAAAUGUCCCUGCUCCCGAGAAUAAAACCUCGAACUAUACCCGACGUCUUUCUCACACCGGAUCAAUACAAGAUAGGGCAGACUUUGAGAUUCUGACAGAGCAGCAAACGUCAAGUUUGACCUUUAAUUUGGUAACCGAUUCCCAAAUGGGAGACAUAUUCAGAUGUCUCUUGCAAGGUUCUGAUCUGCUUGAGAAUAGCGAUAAUCCAAACUGGCCUCUGAACACUCCGAGGAAAGAAUGUCAAGCUGGAGAGAAUCUCCUGGGGGUCAUAACACCCAGCAAGAUGAUAACACCAUCGAAGUUCAUCACAACAUGGACAUCCAUUAGUCCUUACAAGUUUCAAAUGCCGUUAAAUCCAGCGCUCCUUGAUGAAAACUGCAUGUUGGAAGUCCCGUCUAAUGCUGUUCCUAACCAGUCUGUCCCUGCUGCCGUGGCCACAGCGAGUUCCCAGCAGCAUUACUCUAUUUUGGCAGAAGAUUUGGCCGUAUCUCUUACCAUUCCCUCACCCUUGAAAUCAGAUGGCCACUUGAGCUUUUUAAACCCAGAUAGCGGACAUCCGCUGUCCGCACCAAGCAACGUCAUCAGUGCCCACUACAGCGAGGAUGCGCUUCUUGAUGGAGAAGAUGCUACAGAGCAAGAUAUUCACUUGUCUCUUGAAACGGACAACUCCAGCAGUCCGUCAAGUACCAGUGGAAAUUGGGAAGCGUUCCAGUUUAAACCGAACUUGCCUAUGCAGGCAGAGGUAAUGGAGAGGUCCAAUGAUCACUUUAUAGUUCGGAUCAGACAAACGUCUCUUGGGGUAGAAGAGGAUCCCGUGGAGAAGCACAAAGGAACACUGGCAGCUGUAGAGGAUUCGUCUUCCCAGAGGGUGAAUCUGAGUCUACCUGUGGCAGAUAGGCCUCAGGUCACGUCAAGUGAAGAAGAAAUAUUACAGAAGGAUAUCUCAAAAGAAGUCCUAGCAGGAGGAAGUCCAGCCACCUUGCCCAAAGCCACUGAGAGACAAACUGCGGAAGCUCACGUAGAUGCCGAUCGCACGGGAGUUGAAGCUCACGUGGAUGCCGAUCGCACGGGAGUUGAAGCUCACGUAGAUGCCGAUCCCGCUGGAGUUGAAGCUCACGUGGAUGCCGAUCCCGCGGGAGUUGAAGCUCACGUAGAUCCCGAUCGCACGGGAGUUGAAGCUCACGUAGAUGCCGAUCCCGCUGGAGUUGAAGCUCACAUGGAUGCCGAUCCCGCGGGAGUUGCUGCCGCCACAGAAUCUGAACACAUGGUGAAGGACUCAUGCCAACGUGAGUCCAGGAAGCGUAAGAAACAUCAUUCAGGUUCAAAAGCAAAACGCUCUAGAAGAGAGAAAUCGCAAGACAAACAAGAAAAGCAAAGGCACAAAAAGAGGUCAAAAACAUCCAAGGAAAAAAAUGAGAAGACUCCGGUAAAGAAGAUCAAGACUCCGUCUCCUCAGUUGUCUCCGAAUAGUCUCUCUGCUAAGAAUGUAAUCAGGAAAAAAGGAGAAGUUGUUGCAACAUGGACUAGGGAGGACGACCGAGAUAUUCUUGUUGCGCUCAAAACGAAAGGACCGUCGGCUAAAACAUUUGCUGCUCUGGCAUCUACGUUGGGAAAGUCAGAAGCACAGAUUGAAGAACGGUUCAGCCAGCUCAUGAAACUGUUUAAAAAGAAAGAGAAAAUGGGAAGCUGAGCAAUUAAGGCUGUAGGAUCAUGACGAACUUUUCUUAUUCUUGGUUCUGCGAGAGGGCACACGCCACGGGCGAAGAAACCGGGAGAACGUUUUGGUCACUGGAUUUUAAAGCAGGAGAAUUUUUUUUAGGAGAAAAGCACUGCAAAAUAAUUUACAAUACUCUGGUUCUGACUAAACGGCGCCUUCAGUUACGUUUAUACGUCAUUAUGUUCAAUCCUAAGCAUGAGCCGGAAACCGUAGAUGUUGACGGCGCUCGCUUCGUUUUGUAUCGAUAGUUCUCUUUUUAUGUAAUUUUCUUUAAAUGAAGGUAAAAGCCAGCUGUUGGAGAUUAUUAUUAUUAUUAUUAUUAUUGCAGUCCAGAGACGAGAAGAUUUUUUUUUUUUUUUUUUAUAUACACAACUUGAUGUCUGAACUGAACCUGAGGUGAUUUAAUGGCUUACCAUUAAAGACACUUGAGUCGUUUUUUCCCCAGUACCAUCUACCUCUAAGAGAAUAAGUGUGCUUGAACGAGAAGCAAAAAAUACUGAAAGCCCAUAUACCUGUGCUCAAGAAGUUAAAUACCCCCAAAAAUAUAAACUGUCACCAACAUUAAUAUACAGACCUUAGUUCCUUUUACUUCAUAUACAAUUAGCUUCAACCGUAUUAGCGAUCCGAAUCAAGCCCACAGAAAUAAUUCAAACUAAAGCAAAUCGACGUGUUCUCUAAAAGGCUCUAUAUACGUACACAGGCUUUCGGUUGUUCAUGUUAAUUCAUAGUAGCUUCUUUAAAGUUAACAAUUAAACAAUUACAUUUUUUUUUUAUUUCCGUUUUGUUGUCCUGCACUCAGGAUUUUUUUGCUUCUCAGAUCAUCACCAGGCCCGAGGCUUGUCUUGUAUAUAUGACGAAUGUGAGAGUUGUCGGAAGGCUUUUAUUACUUAAUACAUUUGUACUAUUUUUUAUUUUGUCCUGAAUGCAGUGAUUACAAGAGAGCCUUCUGUCAAACUUACUGUCUGAAUAAGUAUUCUGUAAAUAGUGUAAAAUGCUUUUCACUUUUUAAAAUAAAGUUAAUUUAUUUCA